AUGUCUUCUGCUCGCCGGAACGACCCUCAGGUCGAAGCGUCCCCGUCGCCUCCAGCGGUCGACAGGCUGUCCAAGCUGCCGAUGGAGCUCUUGCAGAAAAUUUUUGACGACGCCUAUGCCACCGACAAGCCGACUGAGCCUCUCUCGCGCACCCUCCUUCCGCUCUUCGACCGCUGCGUCUGGCGCGACGUCAAGGUCGUCGGUGACAAGCGCCUCGUCGCAUUCAGCGCCACUUUCCAGACUCGCCCGUCGGUUGGGAGGCACUGCCGCACCCUGAAGGUCCAGCACCUCAAGUCUCCGGCCGUCUCGCAAGCCUCUCUUGAGGCCGUCUUCGCGAACCUCCCGAACCUCACCAAGCUCGUCGUUCACGACGACUGGGAGAUGUUCCUCGACGUCUUGCUCCCUGCCGGACGCCAAGCCCUCUUCCCUUUCAGCUCGUCGAUAAGGCAUUUCGCCUGCCUCUGCAAGACGCAGCGCGCCGACCCGUACCACCCGGCGUACCUCGGAUCGCUCGCCAGCAUGACGAACUUGACUGUCCUUCAGCUCAUCCUCCGGCACAAAUCGCGAAUCAAGACUUUACGUUCGCGCGCUCAUGGCGGCGCGGUCCCGCUGCCGCCGCUCGACGUCCUUUCCGUCUCAGUCUCGCACGGGCCAAGUUUCGACAGCCUGCACUUGCUUCUCCAGAGCGUGCCGACCAUAAAGACGCUCGUUGUGAAGCAUUACGAGGAGCCGUCAAGCUUGGUCAAGGUCAUCUCUGCGCUUGCAGCUCCUGAGCACGUCGCGCAAUUGUUCCUGAUUACGUCGAGCACGUUGCAUAGCGCUCUCCCCGCCGAGCUCAAGCAGCUCGCCGGCCUCAAGCAGAUCAUCUUCCGCGGCAACUUCUCGCGUCUCGGCCGCGAUUCCUUCGACGUCUUGCGCGCGCUUCCGCUCGAGCGUAUCGAGGUCUGCAAGAAGAGCGACAUUUCCGCUAUCGAGUUGAGUUUGCUUGUCGACGGACCGCGCAGAUUGUCCAGCUUGAAGAAGCUCAAACUCGACAACGUCGACGGCAAGGCAGGCGACGUUGCCGAUGUCACCUACGAGGACGUCGCGAUGGACUUCGAGCCAGCUGGCUGGGAACUCCCAAUGUGGACUUCGUCGUUUGGGUACGACGACUAUCUCGAUCUCAAGAUGAAGGCUACCAAGGCGAACGUGGCUAUCAGCGGCACGGUCAAGAACGCAGCACGCGUCGAGGAGAAAUGGGAAAUGGCAAUUUUGGCUCUUGAGGACGACUCGGAGGAGUGGGACCUCUACGACAGCGAAAUUGACGAGGAGUACUGGCUUCUCGAGGACGGAUGUGGCUGA